AUGUCAACCAUCGCUUGCUUCCUGACAUCUCGCGACACCAGCUCGAACGGACUCAAGGGGACGCUGGGAGGCACCAUGUUCCCGGAUUCCUUCAUCUCCAGAAAUGCCCUCCGACUGCUCAUCCUCACACUCGACAGCACUGUGCCGCUGAGUGCGCUGUGGCUCAUUGCAGCCUACUUCUGCCACCCUGCCUCGCCCGCCAUCGCCUUUACGACGUGGUUGCCCGUCUCGGACGCAGCCGAACUCGUCCUGCGCUUCCGGCAUCCGCUCGCUCUCGUCACGCUUUGGGCCGGAGCAGAAGUGGCAUGGUGGAUUGUGUCGUGCGUUGCGCGGAUAGGGCUGGACAGGAACUGGUGGGGAGAGCGGCAGGAGGACGAGGAGAUUGGCAGCGAGGAGCGAUGGAGGUUGUGGAAGUCGAUGCUCGAGUCGACGCGCGAUCCGUGGGACUGGAUGGGCUCGGCAUUCCUCCCGGCAACGCACAAGCGGGCGGCGAGAGGCGCGGCUGAUCCGGCGCUCAAGAAGGUCAAGAUGGAGACGGUCGGUCGAACGAACGUCGAGGAGUUCAUCGCCCACUUCAUGUUCAACGCAAACCUGCGCGACCUGAAGCGCGACUCUCUCGCCCGCGCCGAGCUGCACUCGAUGAUCCUCCUUCUCGAAGCACAAAUCACCCUCUCUCGCCCCGGCUCCCAACCCUUCCGCUUCCUCCGCGGCCGCUCGCGCCAUCGCGUCUUCCAGCUCUCCAACGAGCCGCUCAGCGUCGGCCACCAUCCCCUCGUUUUCUAUGCCGCAAUCGCCUUCGUCUCGCAACUUUCGAACUUCAUCCUGUACCUCGCCGGCUUCCGCUACUAUGGCGCAGGAGCGUGGACCUUCACGCCCUUCUUCAUGCGCUCGUCUCGACGCUUGCUCGAAUCGGUCCUCGACCCGCUCGAGGCGUCUCGCAUGGGCGACGCCCGUCUGGCAGAACGCGUUGGCUACUGGAUGAAGCCGGCGUCAAAAAAGGCUCAGGAGGAAGACCUCAAGCCGCUCGUUUUCUGCCACGGCAUCAGCGGGACGUUUGUCCUGACGCCCUUCCUUGUCUGCAUGUCAUAUUUGACCGGUCGUGCGAUCUUCCUUCCCGAAGUGCCCUACGUCUCGAUGCGCCUCUCGCCGCCGAGCGCUAUUCUUACUCGCCUGGAAUACGUCGCCGCCGUCCGUCGCAUGUUGUGGGCGCAUGGCUUUGGCUUGACGAGCCUUGAUGCCGACGAGAACGACUCGGACUUCGACGAGGAACACGAUGAGGAGGAGUGGCGGAGGGGCAAGGCGAUUGUAAUCGCCCAUAGCUUCGGGACGGGCGCAGCAGCGUGGUUGCUCAGGGACGCACCCGACAUUGUUGCUGGAUCGGUCCUCAUCGACCCGAUGAGCUUCCUCCUCUUCGCCUCCGACCUUCCUCGCAACUUUUUCCGCACGAAGUGCAGCACGACCGGCGAGAUCUUCUUCCGCUACUUCGCGGUCGAGCGAGGGAUCAACCAUUUCCUCUCGCGCCACCUCCGCUGGUCCGACUCGGUCAUCUUUGGUCCUCGGCCCGUCGCGCCUCUUCCCGACCGCGUCGUUCGCGCCCUCGUACCCAAGUGCGCGCAAGAACCGCUCGAGCCGCCUCUCGACAUUCCCAACUAUGCGCAGUGGGUCAGCCCCUGUCCCCAAGGUCCUCUGCCCUCGGUCGUCUUCCUCUCGGAGAACGACUGUAUCCUGCCGAUCGAGAAGGUCCGGCGAUAUCUCGAAGCGAGCGGCUUCUCAACUGGCGCGUCAUCCUCCACCGAUGCGAGCGCGGUCGAGAAGGUGCUGAAGAUCGAGGGGAAGAAGGAGGAAGGCGUAGGGGGCGACACAGCAGAAGAUGGUGCGGCGGAUGCGGACAAGCCCGACAGCGAAGACGAGUCGACUCUCGUUUCUUCCUCGACCUCGCUCAUCGAUCCUUCGACUUCCUCCUCGUCGACCGUCGCACCCAGCAAAGCCGCCGACGCCUCACUCUACAUCGUCCCUCACGCAGAACACGGCGCCAUCCUCACUCCAUGGGUCAUCUUUGCGCAAGAGUGGCCGAAGAAGGUUCGCGACGCUAUUGACAGGGUUGAACAGGCGUCGGCGCGAUGGGAAACGAUGGACGACUAG